UGAUCAUGGUGACAGGAAGAUUCUCUUCACACUGAGAGCUUCAUUUGAAUAUUAUUAUACAAGAUCUGCAGUCAUGCUUUUAUAAAUUGUUUAAUCGUCCUUCUUGAAAGAUGUUUUACUUUUUUAUUUUUUGCAAGUAGUUUCAUUUGGGUUGUUCCUGUCUCAGCUUGGGUCAGGUCACUACAAUAGACUUUAAAAAAAAUUGCAAAAACAGUAGAAGAAAGUUUUCAGCUCACAUUUGCGGUUCACUCUCCUGGAGUCUGUUUGCUGUGUCUGAAACUACAACACGUUUCCUGCAGUGAUGUCACAGAGACCAGCUCCUUCUCUUCUUCUGCUGUUUCUGCUCAUGAUUCCAGGAGUUUGUAGCCAGUGGAGUGGCUGGGGUGUGAGAUACAGUCCUUCACACAUCUGUGCACUAAAGGACUCAUCAGUGAUAAUGAGCUGCACUUAUAUAUACCCUACUGGACAUCAGAUCAUGAAAGUGUUCUGGACCAAAGGCCCAUUAGAAAAGGGUAAAGAGUAUCCAGAUCUGUCUGAGGACCCUGAAUACAGUCAGAGGCUUCAGAAUCUGGGAGAUAAACAGCAGAACUGCACCAUCAGACUGAGUCAUGUGACACUGAAGGAUUCACACAUGUACUAUUUCAAAUUUAUCACUGAUAAAGAUGAUGGAAGAUAUAUUGGUAAACCUGGAGUGACUCUUACUGUCACAGAUCUUCAGGUGGAGUCUCCUGAGAGAGUGACAGAGGGAGAUUCAGUCCGUCUGACAUGUAAAAGCAGCUGCACUCUGACUGACAGAGCAACAUUCAUCUGGUACAGAAACUCACAGCUAGUAACUACAGGAAUUAUUGGAAACCAGCUCGACCUCGGGAGAGUCAACAGAGAAGAUACAAGCAGAUAUAGCUGUGGUGUAGAUGGUUACAUCUCUCCUGCUGUUCAACUCAAUAUCAGAUAUCCUCCAGAGAAUCCAGUGAUCUCCAUCAGUCCAUCUGGUGAAAUAGUGUCAGGAGAUUCAGUGACUCUGAUCUGCAGCAGUGAUUCAAACCCUCCUGCAGAAAUCAGCUGGUUUAAAAGAGGAACGUUUGUAGGAUCUGGAAGAAUCUACAGCAUCUCAAAGAUCAGCUCUGAUGACAGUGGAGAAUACAAGUGCAGAUCCAUCAAUGAACAUGGAGAGAAAUACUCUGAUAAUGUGACUUUAAACGUCAUGUACCCUCCCAGGAGCGUCUCAGUCUCCAUCUCCAUCAUUCAGUCUGGUCAGAUUUGCUCAGGAGAUUCAGUGACUCUGAUCUGCAGCAGUGAUUUAAACCCUCCUGCUCUGAACUUCAGCUGGUUUAAGGAGAAUGAAAGCUCAGCUGUUGGAUCUGGACAGAGUUUCAGUGCACUACAGAGUGGACGCUUCUACUGUCAGGCUCACAAUCAACAUGGAUCUCGGAGAUCAGACGCUGUAACUGUCACAGUUCAUCAUGGUGAUGGUAUUAAUGUGAUUGUGAUCACAGCGACAUCUGGAGGAUUAUUGUUCAUCAUCAUCAUCAUCAUCAUCCUGUUAAUAAUCAGGAAACGAAGGGAUGAGCAAACUGAAGAUCUCACAGCGAAACAGAUCUCUGAUCCCAAUGAAGACACAUGUACAGCUCUUGAGCUCAAGUCCACGACCUCUGACCUGUACGACACACUCACAACGGUUCAUCCCAGAGCUCCUGAAGACUCCUGCAGGACUCUUGAUCCUCAGAGCUUUUCUAAACAUGAGAAUCCAUCAAUCAACAGGAAGAUGCUGCAGUAAGAGGUGGAGCAUGAAGGAACCAAUCCUGAGCUCUGUGGGCGGAGCCACAUGUGAUUGACAGGAUCAUCAGUGAUGAGAAACAUGAUGUAACAGAGGAAUUAAAUGAAAGUUAAAAGCUUGUUAUUGUUUAAAUAUAAAUGUUAAAAUUAAUUCACAGAGCAAAACACAAGUGAUGUUCAGCAAACAAGCCAUGCUUUUCAUUUUACAACAUUUUCCUGCUUUUAAUUCAUAGUUGAUCAUUUUACCCUGAUAUACUGAACAAAAUCAUAAUUGUGUGCAUUCAUAAAGGAAUAAGUUGUUUUUUGCUCUCAAAGUGCUCAAUAUUAUCAGCUUCUGUUAUUCUGGCUCUUGUGUUCCCUUUAAAUGUUCAGUUUUAUUUGUAAUAUGUGCUUGUACAAACCUUAUGGUCCCUAUUGAUGUAUCGAUACUCACAAGCUACUUAUUUAGUAUUGAU